AUGCCAGCAAUCCAAAAAUUAUUAUUAAAAAUUUCUACAUCUUUAAUCGGUGCUGGACUUGUAUUAACAAUUAUUGGAUUAUUGUCUCCAGCUUGGCAGGUUGUUGAUAUUCGGGAAUUUGGAACAGAACAUCAACACGGGCUUUGGUUGGAUUGUAUUAGAGCUAAAAAGCAUGUUGUGGCUGUUGGCGAUUCUUAUGAUGAAGCUCCUCUUCACUGCAUGUACAAAUUUGACCAAUCAGCCGCUCUCGUUAUUGAAAAAAUAAUUUUAUUUAUAAAAUUAUUUAUUUUAUUUACCCUAAAUUAUUUUUUUCUGUACCCAAAACAAAUUUUUCUUUCAAAGAAUCGAACUGACGAAGAUGAGGCAUUUGGAGAAACAGAAUACCAUCGUUUUUGGGGAUGGCAAAAAGUUGUUUUAACUUUAAUUUUGCUUUCCCAAUUAUCUGCUUUUGUUGCUGCAUGUACAGGUGAUUAUUGUGUACCUUGUUUCCCUCCAUCAACUUUUUGUUUUACAAUUUCACUUUUUAUUGCCAUGUUACUUUCAAUGUUGUCUGAUGGAGUUUUCUUUUUUUCUGCAAAUCGAGUAGAUAUUCGUUUUAUUACUGGUAAAAAUUAA